AUAGGAAGUUUACAAAUAUAAAAAUACUUAUUUAUUGGCAAUGAAAAGAAAAUAAUUUUAUUUUCAAUCUCCAUUAUUUAGAUAUAUAAAAGAAGUACAUGAGUAGAUGAAAACAUAAUUAUUCGAUGUGGGACAGUGGGAACCGGAACGAAAACGAACAUUCUGUAGGAAGUUACACCAAAUGGCAACUUGUAGCCUGUAGGUGAGGACGCCACUUGGACGGCGAUAAGCCCUUUGUCCAUUUCCCAAAGCAACAACACGGUUUCAGUCAACGUGUAAGGUACGGAUCUUAAGAAGCGCGUGAGGUCCGCGUCUGACGCCACGCGGAAAUCGGACUAAUGCAUGCCACUCGGAUCUUGCUUCCUUCGUUCAUCUCGCCGUUCCCCACCGCGGUCCCAUCUCCCCUUCUAAUAUAUUACACACUUCUCUUCUCAUCUCCAACACUCCAAUCUUUGGAUUCAGUAUCCAGAUAUCAUUUCUCUCUCUCACAUAAUCCGCUCCAUUUCAAUGACGAGCAAUUCUAUUUCUGAAUCCACCAAGCCCAAUAUCUAUCCUCAGGAUAAGGAUGAAUUGCAGAAGGUCUUCAACCGCUUCGACGCCAACGGCGACGGCAAGAUCUCCAGCUCCGAGCUCGCCAACGUGCUGCGGGCCCUCGGAUCUGAGUCGUCGCCCGAGGAGAUGAGCCGUGUGAUGAAGGAGAUCGACACCGAUGACGACGGCUGCAUAAACCUGGAGGAGUUCGCCCAGUUCUGCAAGUCGGGGAGCAACGCCGACGCCGGAGAGCUGCGUGAUGCGUUUCAGUUGUACGAUGGGGAUAAGAACGGGUUGAUCUCGGCGGUAGAGCUCCACCAGGUGUUGAAGCAGUUGGGGGAGAAGUGCUCGGUGCAGGACUGUCAGAAGAUGAUCGGAUCUUUUGACUCCGACGGGGACGGCAAUAUUAGCUUUGACGAGUUCAAGGAGAUGAUGACCAAAUCCAGCCCUAAACAGCGUCAACAGUGAUGUACGGUGAUUCACUGCUGAGGCGCAUGGAUUCUUGGUAGCCGCCACCACAUGGGAUCCCUUCGCUGCAGCGCACGGUCUCAAACUGUCACGUAUCAGUGUUAGAUUUCUGGCUUUUGCAAUAAUAUUCAACGCUAAGAUUACAAAUGCCGAGUAGUUCCCAUUAGAUAUGGAAAUUUUGGAUGUUUUUCUUCUCGCUCAUGUGCGUUGGAAAUAUGAAUUUACAAACAAAAACAUCCACAAACUUUCCUAAAAUAAUUAAGACUGUUAAUGUUUUUAAUUUUGUUUCAAUAAUCUAUGCUUUUUAGAGUGUGUUUGAGCCAA